GAGCCGGAGGGCAGGCUAAACCAGGAAGACGCUGGCUGUGGCGCGCACGCGCACGCACGCACGCACGCCGGCGGCCGGCAGGGCGGCAGGCUCGCGCCCAGGCUCGCCCAGCGCCGCGCCAGAGGCUCGCGCACUCAGCAGGUUGGGCUGCGGCGGCGGCAGCUGUGCGAGCUGAGGCGCUGCGUGUCAGAGGUUCCAGACGUCUGCGGCUCCGGCUCCGCCACCCUCUGCCUCUUACCUCACUCUCCGUGCCAGGUGCUUAGGACAGAACAUCGCUAGCCUUGGGAACCCUGAGCACACCCCUGGCUGCUUCUGACACCGCCCUCCUUCCCUUCCCAGUCGCGGGCCUCGCUCAGUGCCAGGCGACUCCGCGGGGAGGCGGCGGCGACGGCUGCCUGUCUGUGGAGAGCAGUCCUGCCCCCUAGCCUUGCACCGCCGUCGGGCCCUGCAGGGGCCAAGAGAGCUCGGCGCCCGCCCUUCCUUUCACCCUUUUCACCAACCGGUUGGAGCAGCGUCGGUCCGGGAGGUCUCUGGGCUGAGGCGGCGGUAGCUCCUCCGGUUCCAUCAUGUCCGCGGGCGGAGACUUCGGGAAUCCGCUGAGGAAAUUCAAGCUGGUGUUCCUGGGGGAGCAGAGCGUUCUUCAGCUCCGUGAGGCCCACCCCGGGAAGCGCCACUCCUGGGAACCGGCCCUCUUCAACCUUGGGCAUGGAGGGAGGCUAGUGGACCCCUCUGAAGGGGUCUGUGGAUCAGGGGACCACACUUUGAAAACUGCUGAGUUAGAUGAUAUCAAGCCGUUUGCAACAAUUGGUAUUGACUUUUUAUCAAAAACAAUGUACUUGGAGGAUCGAACAAUAAGGCUGCAGCUGUGGGAUACUGCGGGUCAGGAACGUUUCCGUAGCCUCAUUCCCAGUUACAUCCGUGAUUCUGCUGCAGCCGUAGUAGUUUACGAUAUCACAAAUGUUAACUCAUUCCAGCAAACUACAAAAUGGAUUGAUGAUGUCAGAACAGAAAGAGGAAGUGAUGUUAUCAUCAUGCUAGUAGGAAAUAAAACAGAUCUUGCUGAUAAAAGGCAAGUUUCAAUUGAGGAGGGAGAGAGGAAAGCCAAAGAGCUGAAUGUUAUGUUUAUUGAAACUAGUGCAAAAGCAGGAUACAAUGUAAAGCAGCUCUUCCGGCGUGUUGCAGCAGCUUUGCCUGGAAUGGAAAGCACACAGGACAGAAGCAGAGAAGACAUGAUUGACAUAAAACUGGAAAAGCCACAGGAGCAACCAGUCAGCGAAGGAGGCUGUUCCUGCUAAUCCCCCACGGCAUCUUCACUUCCCUCUAGACGCUCACUGCUUUGGCCCCCUUACUCUUUCAUUGACUGCAGUGUGAAUAUUGGCUUGAACCUUUUCCCUUCAGUAAUAACGUAUUGCAAUUCAUCAUUGCUGCCUGUCUCGUGGAGAUGAUCUAUUAGCUUCACAAGCACAAAAAAGUCAGUGUCUUCAUCAUUUAUAUUUUACAAAAAGCCAAACAAUUCCAGCAUAUUCCAGUGAUAACUUUAAAAAUUAGAAACAUUUUCUUAACUUUUUUUUCCUUUUUAACGUUACGGUAAUGCACUUCAAAAUGAUGGAAAUUGCAAGAAUAUGUGGCUUGGUUAAGGAACAGUUGUUCACAGCAGCACUUGCCUACCUACUUGAUCUCUCCCUACUUUUUUCACCUCUCCCUUACUCCAUUUCUUAUUACUCUUCGUCCCUCAAAAUGAACAAGAGGCGGCAAAGCAGCAGUCAGACCAAGUCCAUUGGAAUUAUCCUUCAAUUUUAGUCAUACCACUUGCUUUAGGCCUUGGGUGAAGAUGUCUGAAACUAUUCUUGAGCACUGAUAUAAAUUACGUAGACCUUAUUUGAGGUCAGAACUAGCUAUCAAGGUAGUAGUCAAUGCUUGAAUAAGAAAAGUGUUCUGGUACAUCUUUAAAAUGAGUCCUAAUAACCAUAAUACUUACAAGUAAACGAACACAAAAUGUAUUUCUGACCAAAACAGGCAACCCUUUCACAUGUUAGACCCUGGAAGAGAAAAGUAAAAGUGCUUCAGAGCAGUUUUUUAAUAUUUAAUCCUUCUAAUGAGCUAUUUCUCCCAAGAUUUUAAAAUUGUCAAAAUAGAGCUAUUUUAUUUGUUAAAAAGAAAAUUUUUUUUUCAGCAAUAGAUUUUUCUUGGGUUUUUUUUCUUUAAAAAAAAAUGCUAUGCAGGCAAGGCACUGUAGAAAUCAAAUUCCUUUAAGAAGAACCAGUGAAAGAAUUUAAAUUUGAUACCUUGAUCGAAACUGCUAUAACCAGUAGAAAUAAUGAUAUCUAAAGCUUACCAACAAAAGAAUCCUCAACAGAAUAGCAAAUACUUGCUCAGGACAUUUGAGGUCUAAUUGAAAACAGCAAGUUUUCUUACAUGCCCCUAGAGGCAGAUCUGAAAAAAAAGCAUACAUAGAAAAGGGAAAGGAGAGAACUGAAAUAAAACUCAAUAUUAUGCAGAUUUAUGCCUUAUUUUUUAGAUUUUUUUUAAAUGUGGGUCUUUCAGGAUGGUUUUGCUUUUUAUUAGAUCUGUAUAGUUGAUUAAUUAGUGAUUUAGUUUUAUAUUUAAGCUACAAGUAAUCUCUAGUGAUAUUUAUUUCUUUGCCUUUUUUUAACCACUUUCAAUUUUUAGAUGUUUUGAUCAAUCCAUUUAGAGCUUCAUCACCAUGGCAAUAUGUAUUUCCCUUAAAACACUGCAAACAAAUAUACUAAGAGUGCACCAUUUUAAUCUUUACUAGUUAUUGUGAGAUUGCUGUGUAAGUUAAUAAACAUAUUUGUAAAUACAUUGUUUGCAGGAAGAAAAUUUCUGAGUUACAGCUCAGGAAAAGCCUGCUGAAUUUAUGUUGUAAGCAUUACUUAACACAGUAUAAAGAUGAAAAGACAAAAAUAUCUUCAUACUUCCUCAUCCCCUCACUGCAACAGAACCCUUAACUGGGAGAACCUUAUUUCCCCUCUUUCCUCUUCCUCCUCCAUGCCCCACUUAUUGUCACCUUGUAAUAUUCAGAGAGCACUUGGAUUAUGGGUCUGAAUAGAGAAAUGCUUUCAGAUAAUCAUUAGUCCACAUACCAGUAAUUCAAAGAAGAGAUGGAGUUGUAAAGUGCUUUUAUAAUACAAUAUUAUUGUUAAAGGCAAGGGUUGACUCUUUUGUUUUAUUUUGACAUGGCAUGUCCUGAAAUAAAUAUCAAUUCAAUAUGGCA